CAUGCGCGUAUGGAGUAAUUUGCUUCACUCAGUUUGUAAACAUGACCAUUUGGUGGCAAAAUUGAACUAUUCAGGGUUCGACAGCUAUAACCAAAUCAUUUAUUUGGAGUAAAUCGUGUGUAAGUGACGAAAAGGAAGAAGAUUGGCUGCAACAAUAACGUACAGAGUUGCAAGCAGUCAGUGAGAGCUGAGACUUUUGUGUUGUCCCGGAGUUUUGGCUGCAGUUUGUUUUUCGUUUUUACUCGUCUGCGCUCUAACUUUUGUGCGUCACUUGUGAUUUACUCUUGUAAGAUAUGGAGGGUCACGGCGGUAGCUCGAGUGGGAUAUUGGUCAGUGGCAGUAAUGUCCCCGCAUUCCUCACGAAACUUUGGACUUUGGUGGAGGAUCCAGACACAGAUGCGCUCAUCUGCUGGAGUCAAAGUGGUAACACGUUCCACGUGUUCGACCAAGCCAAGUUUUCAAAGGAAGUCCUGCCCAAAUACUUCAAGCACAAUAACAUGGCCAGCUUUGUCCGACAACUCAACAUGUAUGGCUUCCGCAAAGUUGUCCACAUUGAGCAAGGUGGUUUGUUAAAGCCAGAGAGAGAUGACACAGAGUUUCAGCAUCCUUACUUCAUCAGAGGACAGGAACACCUGCUGGAGAACAUCAAAAGAAAAGUAACUAAUGUGUCUAAUAUCAAACAGGAGGAUGUUAAGCUCUGCCAGGAAGAUGUCACCAAACUAUUGAGCAAUGUUCAGUUCAUGAAGGGAAAACAGGAAUCCAUGGACUCCAAAAUUACUGCCAUGAAACAUGAAAAUGAGACUCUGUGGCGAGAGGUAGCCAGUCUGAGACAAAAACACGCUCAGCAGCAGAAAGUUGUCAACAAGCUCAUUCAGUUCUUAAUGACAUUGGUGCAAUCCAAAGGAGUUCUGGGUUUGAAGAGGAAAAUUCCUCUGAUGCUGAAUGAUGGAAGUUCUACUCAUUCCCUGCCCAAAUACAGUCGACAGUUCUCUCUUGAACCCUUGCAGGGCUCCUCUGCAUUCUCAACUUCCUCCCCACCACACACAAGUGAAACCAUCUUUUCCCCUGAUGUCCCUGUAAAAUCUGGACCAAUCAUCUCUGACAUUACUGGACUGGCACAGGCGAGUCCCACUAAGGCAGCCUUUGAGUGGACAGAUAAGAGCACAAACCCACUGGUCCACUUGGUGGACGAGUCGGCGCCGGUCCGCAUUAAGGAGGAGCCUUCAAGUCGAGCUCACAGCCCCCAGGUGGAGCAAGUCAGCCCGUCGGCCUUGGUCACUGCCACUGAAACCCCGUUGUCUCCCUCCACCUUCAUCGACUCCAUCCUGCAGGAUAGUGACCCAGUCACGGGCCAGCCUGCUGGCGGUCAGAAGUGUCUGAGCGUGGCCUGCCUGGACAAUUCUCCACAGAUGUCAGAGGCCAGUUGUCUUGUCCCCAUCACUUCCUUGUCCUCCAUACCCUCCAGACUGCACCCAUGGAAUGAACUAAACGAGCAUUUGGAAAACAUCGACUCCAGUCUGGAACACCUACAGACUUUCCUCAGUGGGCAGUCCCUCAGUCUGGAUUCGGCAUCUCUUUUUGACGUGUUUAACCCCUCAAUAUCAGGCAGUGAAUUCAGCCUGCCAGAUCUGGACACCAGCCUUGCAAGUAUUCAAGACUUACUUGCACAGGAUCAGAAGACAGCGGAGACAGACGAGAACUCUACCGACAGAGGAAAGCAGCUGGUUCAGUACACAGCCCAGCCCAUUUUAGGUGACCCUGUCGUCUCUGCUGCCACCGGAUUGGACCUGCCUGUCCUGGAAGGAGAGGUCUACUGCGACACCACACAAGAGCCAGACCCAGCCACAUCACUCCUCCUGAAGGACAGCCAGACGAAAGCAGAAGACUUUCUUUUGUCUUAAGCCUGUGUUCUUUUUUUUUUUUUUUAAACAAAGGGAUGUUAAACAGCAUGUUCAUCUUCCUUUCACUCAUGCUCAAGGCAUCUCCCAUAAGGCUGUAUUUUAUAUUUUUUUAGAUCGGGAACGUUUCCAGGAGGCAAACUUUCCGCAUUUCCAGUCCACAGUAACACUUUUUUAAUCUAUUUAAAAAAACAUUUCCAUCUGAGUCAAGGCUUUCAGUGUGUACUUCAUUUUAGCAGAUGAAUAAAAGUAACAAAUGGUGGACCUCUUAGGCUGUAUUCUGUUCUGGCCUGGGAGGGCUGCUGUGGCCAUGUGUGGCUCUGCGGUUCAGGUUCUGGAGGAUGGAGGGGGAUUACUGUGUGGGCCACUGCCGUUGUGUUCAGUACACUACAAGGUAUUCACCUGAUCUAGUGAAUGUCUCGCGGUGUAAAAGGAUAAUAUGUAAGAUGUGUAAGUCUUACUUUAAACUUUAAAAUUUUAAAUGAAAUAUCAGUCAUUGCACUCUCUCACAUCUGCAUAUUUUAACACAAUUCUGUAUCUCAGUUCGGCGUGAUUCGCCUAAUAAGCUAGCUAAGUACAAACAGGACACAGGAAGUAUUGAAUGAAUUAAUAGCAAAGCUUUAUUUUUGUUUUAUAUCUAAUGCAGGGUUAAGCAAAUGUAAA